UGUACAGCAGAAGCACGUUGGUUGACAGAUAUUUUUUGAUGUACUGUGAACAUCUACCGGUAUGGCCGAUACAGAAGUGCAACCAUGUGCUUAUACAAUUCAGCCCGAGAAGGCAGUGUCCCUUCCCCAGAAGCGCUAUUACCGACAGAGAGCACACUCUAACCCUAUGGCUGAUCACACGUUCCAGUACCCAGUGAAGCCUGAAGCAAUGGACUGGUCACAAUACUACCCCGAGUUUUUUAAGCCUUUGACUCUUGACUGUCGCCAUGAUGAUGAAAAUGAUCUUGCAGAGAAGAAACAAGAGCAUCAAGUGGAAUUUGCAGACAUUGGGUGUGGCUAUGGUGGUUUAUUAGUCGAGCUGUCUCCGCUGUUCCCUAAUACACUCAUGCUGGGGUUGGAGAUCAGAGUGAAGGUGUCUGAUUACGUGCAGGACAGGAUCAAGUCAUUAAGAGUGGCUCAUCCAGGCCAGUACCAGAAUAUUGCUUGCAUCCGUAGCAAUGCCAUGAAGUACUUGCCUAACUUCUUCAGAAAAGCACAGCUCGGCAAGAUGUUCUUCCUUUUUCCUGAUCCUCACUUUAAGAAGACCAAACACAAAUGGAGAAUCAUCAGUUCGACUCUACUGGCUGAGUACGCUUAUGUCCUGCGAGUAGGGGGCCUGGUGUAUACUAUAACAGAUGUGGAAGAGGUUCAUGACUGGAUAGUGAAGCAUUUCACAGAGCACCCACUUUUUGAACGUGUCUCAAAAGAUCAACUGGUUGAUGAUAUCAUUGUAGAUAAGCUGGGUACCUCCACUGAAGAAGGCAAAAAAGUCCAGCGUAACAAAGGCCAGAACUUCCUGGCAGUCUUCUGUCGUGUAGAGAACACAAAGUUCAUAGACGAAGACUCCUAGCAAUGGAUUGUAUUUCAUCCAGUCUUGUGUAUUGGGCUAGCACUAAUGACACAUGGACUAAAGAUCAUAGAACUCCUCGUCUCUGGGAUGUUUACAGGCAUAAAGUAGCUGUUUCUCACUUUCUGUGUUAGAGGAUGCUACUUUUGGAAACCGUAAUAUAGUCCUUGACAUGCCGCCAUACAUUUUUAAGACUUCAUGUACCACUGCUGUAUAAUAUUCCACUUCACUUCUAUUCCAGCAGCAGAAAGUCUAGGAGUUUUUUUCUGUGCUGGUAGUCUCGGAGCUUGUCUUAUGAGUGACCUACGGAAGUAUUGAAAUACAAAAGCUUGUGUCAAAGAUUCUCCCCCCACAUUUAGAAUACUACCAAAAUUACUGUAUAGGCCAGCUGCUAAGACACUGCUACAUGCAGCUGAAAUACCCAUUCUCUGGCACACCUGGUAAUGAGAUGCCUUAAACUGCUGUCAGAAUCGCAGCAUGGUGCUUUAUUUGUACAUUUUUAUAUGUUGGAAGAUGAAAAAUAUUCUCAUGUACUGAAAGCUCUCUAAUAUAAAUAUAUCAUUUAAAUAUGGAAUGUGAUAAAAAUCAGUGGUGGGACAAUAAAGUAUUUUAAAGUAA